UUAAGUACAGCUGCAGUACCUUGUUCUGUGAUACCCAUCAGCAUCAUUCACUGUGCGAGUUUGGGUUUGUAACCAUGAUAUCAAGACUGGUCUUUCUACUUUUCUGUGGACAUAUUGCACUAAACCUGGGAAAUGCUCAGAAAUUGCCAAGAGUUAAAAGACAAAACCUGAAAGUCCAGAUCAACGCAACUGAUGAUACUAUUUGCAUGAAAUACCUUCGGCUAAGUCCAGACACCAAACUCCAAGGCUUCAUCCUGGGAUAUGGAAGCAGCAGCUUCUCUAACCAGUAUAUCCCUCUGCCUUCAGAAGGAAAAUCCUAUGUAACGGAAGUUGAUGCUGAGCCAAGAUACUUGAUUACGGUGCGAACUGCACCCGUUCCAAAUCACAAGAAAACCUGCUCAGGUAAGACCAAGACUCAAAAGCCUCUCCAGCUGGUGAUUGGCACUUUGACCCCGACCUCUGUUUACCUGUCCUGGGGCAUCCUAGUCAAUCCACAGCAUGACUGGACUGCAAUGAGUAGCUGUACUAGUGACAGAUUUUAUACAGUUCGCUACAGGGAAAAGGAUAAAAGCAAGAAUUGGGGUUUUCAGCUUUGUCCAACUACGGAGACAAUAGUGGAGAAUCUGAAGCCCAACACGCCUUAUGAAUUUGGAGUGAAAGACAACACAGAAGAUGGGAUUUGGAGCAAGAUUUUCAAUCAUAAAACCAUCCUAUUUAAUAAAAACAAAGAAAAUGGACAGCUCCAGAAUACCUACAAGGUCAUACCUAAUAUCCAAACACAGCUCAUACUAAAAGAUGGUCCAAAACUUGUCCCUGUUACAAUAAUCAAACAAGUAAUUCAAAAUGUCACACGUCGGAUGCUGCCUAAAACCACGGACAGGCCUUCCGUGGCAGGAGCAAUACUAGUGCACCUUAUCAUUCCAGGCCUCAAUGAAACACCACAACAGAAACUCCCUAAACCUGAGACACUGGGCAUAGCUGAAACACCAAAGAAAAUAUUGGUUACAAAUGAAACCCAAACAUGGCCUGCUGAAUCCAAAACACCGAAAGUGCAAGAAAUCUCCCCACGGGCCUUCCCAGCUACCAUUGAAUCAGUUCAGGAAAGCAUUAAACCUACCAUGUCUGCUUCCUCAGAAAAAUCAGAGGCAUCUCCAGCUCACAGUAAAAAUGAACUGGAAUCCGCAGAACCUAGCAUAGCACCUACGACCAAAUUACCAUUGAAAACACUGGCUCACAGUGAAACUGACAGUGGACUUGAAGAAACAAAAUCAAUUCCUAAACCUGACCCGGCAAAAACUCAAAACAUACUGGCUUCUAAUGAAAUGCAGCUGAUUCCUUCUGGAUCCAAAAUAUCUGAUAUGCCAAAAAUACUACAGACAAAACCUGCUACCAAGAAACCAGCCCUGAAAUCUACAUCUUUUCCUUCCAUGGAAACCCCAGGGACAGUGACGGCUUUUGAUGAAACACAGUUUGUUUCUUCAAGAUCCAAACCAUCUGGUAUCCCAGAAAAGCUACCGACCAAAUCUGCUACCAAGAAACCAGCCCUGAAAUCUACAUCUUUUCCUUCCAUGGAAACCCCAGGGACAGUGACGGCUUUUGAUGAAACACAGUUUGUUUCUUCAAGAUCCAAACCAUCUGGUAUCCCAGAAAAGCUACCGACCAAAUCUGUAACUAUUCAAACAACUCUGAAACCUGUUACACCUGAAGCUAGUAAAGCAGAAGUUGCUUCAUAUGACUUUCUGCAUGUUUCUUCCACUCCCCAAACAUCUGAAAUUUCAGAAAUAUCAGUGCUAGAAUCUGUUACAAAUAGCGCUGACCUGGAAACAUCUGUGCCUCUAAUUUCCAGAAUACCUCAUUUGCUAGGAACAACAAUGGCUUUCGAUGAUACUCAUCCUGUUUUUUCAAACCCCACAACAUCCAAUGAGCCUGAUAGAACAGAUCUCAAACCAGCAGCAACAAGUGAACCCACUCUGGAAUCUUUCUCACCUAAAACUUCUAGUCCUCUUGAAUGGCCAAGAAAAACGUUGGCUCCAAAUGAAGCACCACUUAUUCCUUCUAAACUGAAACCAUCUCCUCUUCCAGAAGUGCAGCAUGUGAAACCUGCACAAAAGCCACCACUUUUGGAGCAUAGUACACCUAAAGCUUCAAAGACUAUUGAAAGGCCAAAGGCGACACUAGCUCCCUGGGAAACAAAGUUUGUUCCUUCUACACCUAAACCAUCUGCCAGACCCAAAAUGCAACGAACUAAACCUGCAGAAAAAGCAAUUCAUUUGGAAAGCAAUACACCUAAAUUUUCUAACCCCCUCGAACUGCCAAGGACAACACUAGCACCCAGUAAAACAAAACGAAUUCCUUCCAAACCUAAAGUCUCUCUCCAUCCAGAAGAACCCAAGACAAAACCAGCAGCAACCAGGGAACCUGUUCCGGUGCCAGUCACUAUUAAGAUUUCUUCUAUUACUGCUACUACUAAGACUCUUGAACAUCCGAAAUCUACAAUGGUUUCAUAUGAACCACAACACAUUCCUUCCAAACCUAAAGCAUCUGCCAGUGCCAUGCCAGAAAUGCCACAUAGUAAACCUGAAUCCAGUGAAAUACAUUUCACACCUUUGAAGCCCAAAUCAUCUUCUGAACCUAAAAUGCCUCAAUCUAAACCUGCUCCAACUGAAACACAGUUCAUUCCUUCCAAACCUAACACGUCCCCAGAGCCAGAACUACCACAUCCUAAACCUGUCCUGGAACAUAUUACACUUAGAAUUGAACCAGCAAGGUCAACAAUAGCUCCAAAAGAGACACGACGUGUUCCUUUGAAGCCUAAAACAUCACUCAAACCUCAUGUGCCACAGACAAAACCUGCCCCAGAAGCAGCUAUAUUUAGAACUGAACAACCAAAGACACCAUUAGCUCCAAAAGAGGCACGGCGUGUUCCUUCAAAACCUAAAUCAUCACCGAGCCCAGAUGUGCCACAAACCAAACCUGCUCCAAAAGAGACACGGCGUGUGCCUUCCAAACCUAAAACAUCACCCAUCCCAGACGUUCCACCAACCAAACCUGCCGCGAAAGACAAUCGACGUGUCCCAUCUAAACCAAAAACAUCACCCAGCCCAGAUGUACCACAAACAAAAUCUGUUCCAAAAGAAACUCAUCGGGUUCCUUCCAAACUUAAAACAUCACCUAGUCCAGAUGUGCCACACAUUAAACCUGAAGGAGCCAUUCGAUCCCUCCAAGAGCCAGUCACUGCUACAACUCCUCAUUCUCUUGAACGAGCAAAGGCAACACUGGCUUCAAGUGAAAAACCGUUCAUUCCUACUAAACCAAAAACAUCCAUCAAGCCAGGAAUGCCACAGACCAAACCUGCAAUACAUCAAACAUCCCCGCAGCCACUCAUAACAAAACCUUCUGUCACCUCUAAACAGACAAAGGCAACAAUGGCUCCAAAAGAAACACGACUCAUUCCAUCCAAACCCAAAACAUCUGUCAGGCCAGAAGUACUGCAGACUAAACCUGUUCCAAAUGAAACAUACCAGAUUUCGUUCAAGCCCCAAACUGUUCUAACAACUGAAAAUCCACUCUUGAAAACUGCUUCCUAUGUGAUUCAUACAGAAACCAUUAAACCUAAAAUAUCAAAACCAUUUGGCAAAACAGAGGCAACCCUGGCCCCACAUAAAGUGCGUCUCACUUCUGCAAGACCCAAGAUAUUUGAUAAGCCACAGACCAGACCUGCACUAAACAAGACAACACCGGGACCUGGUAGAACAAAAACUGCUGGAGUGAUGAGAUGGGGUGGGACACCAACAGAAACAGUUCAGAAUUUUACCAACUUUCUCAUGGGCUCAAAUAUAUCGCUGGAAUCCAAUAUUACAAGGAAAAAGCCAGAUUCCGUAGCUACAGCACCUGGCCGUCGGCAUCCUCCCUUAGCUCCUGCCAAGCCCACACAGGUGCGAAGAAAACCGUUGCCUCCAAACACAGUGACUGGUAAACCAGGGAGUGCAGGAAUUGCCUUGAAGUCACGAGCUCCACCUUCUCCCACGACUAUUGUAGCUAAAUCUACUGGACCAACCAUAUCUCUGAAGAUGGAAACGCCAAGAAAGAAGCCAACAGUUUCUGCUUCUCCAGAGGACUAUGUUAAUACAACUGUCUUCAGCUCGAAUCCUACAUCAGAGACUGAUUCUCUGGGCAAACAACGGUUCACAGGGCCUCACGUCAAGUACAUACCAAAAAAUGACAGUGAGCCAUGUUCUAUUACAAGGACUCUCAAAUACUUCCAAGAAAAGAAGGUUAGAGAACAGGAAAAUGUUACUAGCCCUCCACAAAAUCCUCCUUCCAACCUCACUGUGGUGACAGUCGAGGGUUGUCCAAGCUUUGUGAUACUGAACUGGACAAAACCGGAAAAUGACACCGUUACCUACUAUGUGGUUUUAUCAACUGUAAAUGGAACAUCUAAUGGAACGGAGAAGAUCACUGUAACUACAAAGCAAACCCACUGUAUAGUGGAAAAUCUGGAACCUAACAGAAGUUAUGACUUCCAGGUGAAAGCCAGUAACCCUUUUGGUGAAGGUCCAAGCACCUCUAAGGUCCUAUUUUCUACUGAAUCAGCGGACCCACGAGUGAGUGAGCCAAUUUCAAUGGGAAAAGAUGCCAUCUGGACUGAAGUCCCUUUCAAUUCCGACUCCUAUUCAGAGUGCAAAGGGAAACAAUACGUCAAAAGGACCUGGUACAAGAAGUUUGUAGGGGUGCAACUGUGUAACUCCCUGAGAUAUAAGAUUUACCUCAGUGAUUCACUUACAGGACAAUUUUACAACAUAGGAGAUGAGAGGGGACAUGGAGAAGAUCAUUGUCAAUUUGUGGACUCAUUUUUAGACGGACGGACAGGGCAGCGAGUUUUCCCAGACCAGCUACCAACCAAAGAUGGCUUCUUCAGAGCAGUUCGCCAGGAACCUGUCAAGUUUGGAAAAAUAGGUGGAGAGACCCAUAUUACCUACGUUCAUUGGUACGAGUGUGGAACUUCAAUACCUGGUAAAUGGUAGCUGCUACAUGAACUUGGAAAUGAAAGAAGGUCUAUCACUACCCUUGCCCUUACCCCCAACAAGUUCAGAGAUGGAAAUGUUUAUGGCCCUCCUGUCAUUUAAACAUGUUUACCUAUGUAUAAAGUUUAUAAAACUCUAAUGACAAUACUGCUUUGUGUUUAAUAGCAUAGGCUGCUUACUAUAGUCACUCCAUUUUACCAAAAAGCAAGCUAAGCACAUGUCAUAGGAUAAGGUCUGGGGAAGCUGGCUCCCUGUAUUGUGGGUAUCAAGGUACAGUUUAUAUGGUAUUUUAAAAGAUACAGUUUGUAUAUUAUUUAUCACAAUGUUGUAAUAAAUAUUUUGAGGGAGAGUUAUGGCAAAGCUGAUCAUGAAACUGCAGUAUACAUUUAAUUUUAGAUAUGCAUUCUGAUUGUUACUGAAAUAUAUAGUGUCCUAUGCUACCUGUCGAGGUAAUUCCGUAAAGUCUAAUUCAAUAAUUUAAGUACAUGGGGAAAGCUCUCAAACUGACUUCUGUACUUUAUAAAUUCUCAGAUUGAAGAGCUUUUCCCCUUACAGCUAACUAGACAAUUUGUGCUCUUGCCAAAAUUGGAAGAAAGCUUGUUAUAUUUUAAUGCUUUAGCACCAAGAAAGCAAUUCUAAUUUUUU